AUUUUGCCUUAUUCAGAUUAUAGAUCAACUAACCUGAUGGCGUUUUAUCUUACAGUUGGCUAUCCAGUAGACACUAAAGCCCCUUUAAAGUCCACUUCUCUCACUUCCUGCAGGGAGAACUGAUCGAAAGAGAGAGCACAGAGUGGUAAAAAUUCAAGAAAAUGAGUGAAGAAGGUCAAAAGCUGGAAAUCCCCCCCACAACCAACAAUAAUGGCAAAAGCAUACCCGAAAAUCUCUCUGAAGAAUCCAUCGAUUUCGCUCUUCUCCGCCUUGAUAGCUUCAAUUCAUCGCCUAAUACCACUACCACUUCUGCCGCGGCCACAAACUUCCAUACUCCCUGCAUUGCCUGUGGCUGCUCCGGCUCUUCUGUUCCUUCCACUAACGUCUUUUCGUCCGCCAACAAACGCCGCUCUCCUGAAUCCACUACUCCUUUCUUGAACCCUCAAGAUCAAAUCCCCAAAAAACCAAAGAAACUCUUUCUUGAACCCCAUGAGAACACCAAGGCAACAUCUACUGGUCCUUCACUCAGUGAUUUCUCCAAGAUCACCCUCCCUUGCAUCUCAUCCGUGUUUAAUUUUGGACCCGCCAAACCGACUCACGCAAACUCCCUUCCCGUCCUACGCCGCUGCCAUUCCGAUCCUUACAACCCUCCAGUGGCAGGAACGGACACUCUUUCUGGGGCCGGCACUGGUUCUGCAGCAAGCCUGCUGCCACAAUCACCACCAGAGAGCGCCAAGACGGUUGGGGCGAUCGCUGUGUCGACGCCCGGGUCAAAGGCAACUGCUUCUCUGCCACCACGGCCGCCGAUACUCAGGAGAACUGUGUCGGACCCAUCAUCUAACAAAAGCUUUUCGCCGUCAUCGAGUUCUGACGAUAUUACCGUUGAAGACAGUCCCCAAUAUAAGUGGCUGAGGAAGAUGAGAGAUUGCAUGAAGGAAAUGAAUCAGUGGUGUGGUGAACUUAUGCAGGAUGGAGUGAUGGGUGAAGAGGAAGAAGAAGAUAAAGGCACUCGAGGCAAUACUGCCAAUGCAAUUAAGGCUGGUUCAGUGGCAGAAUAUGAAGAAGCCGUUUGUGUUGAGAGAACUGGGGAGUGCUUAGUUGUCCACUUUAAGUGCCCCUGUGGCAAAGGCUAUCAGAUUCUUCUCUCUGGAAGAGAGUGCUACUACAAGCUCAUUUAGUAGCACCUAAGUGGCCCAGUAUGCUGAUUCCUGAUCCUGAUCCUGGGAGAGUACUCAUUCUUUUUAGAUUUGAAUUCUCUACUAAAAUUCUUAGAUGAAUCCAUUUCAUUUACUAUAUACUAAUCUUUUUGGGUCUCUCCUUUCUGUUUUUAGAGGAUAGCUUCUUCUGGUAAAGUACUAAUCCUUAGAUUAGACUAAAUUCUAUCAUCCUUCGGAAUUAAAAUUCUUUUUGGGAUUGAUACUGGUCCAUCCUACCCAUUUCUGUAUAGUCAUCAGAUGUCUAGGCCUUAGGGUCCCUGUCCUUUUUGUACCAUUCUUUGGGAAUUAAAAUGAUGUUCUCUUAAAUUUGAAUGUCAGCUUAGAUGAUUACUGUUCAUCUCUGUACCGUGUCUAACCGAGAUAGAUAGGAUAUGCCAGGGCCGCUCUCCGUUGAUUGUAUUCUAAAGGUGGGGAACAAAUAAUCCAUGAAGUUGAAGGGUGAUGUUGGGUGUACAGUUGAUGUAUGUACUCUGUUGGAAUUCUUCCAGGGAAUGAUUAAUGAAUGAAUUUUACUGGUUUUGGCGUGUGAAA